AAGUUUCCUGACCAGCGACUCUUUCUCUCUUCCCCCAACCCCCACCCUACCCCACCCCCCCAGUCUUUCCCCCUCUUUCUGUGUAUCACUGUUUAAGGGGCUUUAAUCAGUUUUUAAACGAUUAUUAUCAUCUCUCUCUACCCCCUCCGCGAUCCCCACGCGGCCCCCCACUUUCACCUCCUUAACUUCUUUACCCCUUUCAACAUUGUUUUUUCAAGGCUGAUUGGUGGUGGUGGUGUGUGUGGGGGGGUUGGGUGGAAGAGAAAGAGUGAAGAAAAGUUGCAAACGUCUCCUCUCUUCCUAAACCUCCCGCCCCCGCCCACCCCUCAGAGAAGGAGCAGAUAAUAUAGUGAAAAGAAGACCAGGCGGAGAGCGCGACGGGACGGACGCGAGCGGCAGCGCGCGCAGCCGCCCUCCCGGCUCCGCUGCGGCGCCUCGCAAGUCCGGGAGGCGAGGGGGAACCGAGGGGAGACGCCGUGACAACUUUCGUUUCCCUCAGAGGGAGUCGGGAGGUCGGCGGCCCCAAAAAACAAGACAUGAGUUAUCCAUUUUAGAUGAGGAAACUAAGACCUUAGACUAAGUAGUUUAUCCAAAUCCCAAAGCGACUAAGAAGCGGUGUUAGAACUGGAGCUGAGAUCAUCUGAUUCGUUUUCAGGCUUUUCAGCCCGGUGUCAAGCUGUAGGAGCGAGGGAGCAAAGGUAAAGAAUGAUGUAAUGCACUGGCUGCCCCAAAGCAUCUUUUGUUGUGGAAUGGUUAUUCCGGUCAUCUCUUUAUGAAUCAAAUGUGAGGGGCUGCUUUGUGGAAGAAGUCCUUUGCAAGAGCCCAUCAACAGGAAAGAGAAAGAGACAUUCACUUGGAGGGCUCUUGCUGAAAAUGGGUUUAACUCUCCUUUUGCCAGUCACCACCAGCCUGACCUCAUACAUUUUUAGUACAAUGGAGUGGCUGAGCCUUUGAGCACACCACCAUUACAUCAUCGUGGCAAAUUAAAGAAGGAGGUGGGAAAAGAGGACUUAUUGUUGUCAUGGCCCAUGAGAUGAUUGGAACUCAAAUCGUUACUGAGAGGUUGGUGGCUCUGCUGGAAAGUGGAAUGGAAAAAGUGCUACUAAUUGAUAGCCGGCCAUUUGUGGAAUACAAUACAUCCCACAUUUUGGAAGCCAUUAAUAUCAACUGCUCCAAGCUUAUGAAGCGAAGGUUGCAACAGGACAAAGUGUUAAUUACAGAACUCAUCCAGCAUUCAGCGAAACAUAAGGUCGACAUUGAUUGCACUCAGAAGGUUGUAGUUUAUGAUCAGAGCUCCCAGGAUGUGGCCUCUCUGUCUUCAGACUGUUUUCUCACUGUACUUCUGGGUAAACUGGAGAAGAGCUUCAGCUCCGUUCACCUGCUUGCAGGUGGGUUUGCAGAGUUCUCCCGCUGUUUCCCUGGCCUCUGUGAAGGAAAAUCCACGCUAGUCCCUACCUGCAUUUCUCAGCCUUGCUUACCUGUUGCCAACAUUGGGCCAACCCGAAUUCUUCCCAAUCUUUAUCUUGGCUGCCAGCGAGAUGUCCUCAAUAAGGAGCUGAUGCAACAGAAUGGGAUUGGUUAUGUGCUAAACGCUAGCAACACCUGCCCAAAGCCUGACUUCAUCCCCGAGUCUCACUUCCUGCGAGUACCUGUGAAUGAUAGCUUCUGUGAGAAAAUUUUGCCGUGGUUGGACAAAUCUGUAGAUUUCAUUGAGAAAGCGAAAGCCUCCAAUGGCUGUGUCCUGGUGCACUGUCUGGCUGGGAUCUCUCGCUCUGCCACCAUCGCGAUUGCCUACAUCAUGAAGAGGAUGGACAUGUCCUUAGAUGAAGCUUACAGAUUUGUGAAAGAAAAAAGACCUACUAUAUCUCCAAACUUCAAUUUUCUGGGCCAACUCCUGGACUACGAAAAAAAGAUUAAGAACCAGACUGGAGCAUCAGGGCCAAAGAGCAAACUCAAGCUGCUGCACCUGGAGAAGCCAAACGAACCUGUCCCUGCAGUCUCAGAGGGUGGACAGAAAAGCGAGGUGUCCCUCAGUCCACCCUGUGCCAACUCUGCUACCUCAGAGGCAGCAGGGCAGAGGCCUGCUCAUCCUGCCAGUGUGCCCAGCGUACAGCCCUCACUGUUAGAGGACAGCCCCCUGGUACAGGCGCUCAACGGGCUCCACCUGUCCUCAGACAAGCUGGAAGAUAGCAAUAAGCUCAAGCGUUCCUUCUCCCUGGACAUCAAGUCAGUUUCGUACUCAGCCAGUAUGGCGGCAUCCUUGCAUGGUUUCUCCUCAUCGGAAGAUGCUCUGGACUACUACAAACCUUCCACAACUCUGGACGGGCCCAACAAGCUAUGCCAGUUCUCUCCAGUGGAGGAAGUGUCGGAGCAGACUCCAGAAACCAGCCCAGAUCAGGAGGAAGCCAACAUCUUGAAGAAGCCUCAGACUCCCCGGCUCACAGACAGCCAGAGCAAACGGUUACAUCCAGUAAGAACCAGCAACAGCGGUGCCACCCAGCGGUCCCUCUUAUCGCCACUGCAUCGAAGCGGGAGCGUGGAGGACAACUACCAUACCAACUUCCUGUUUGGCCUUUCCACCAGCCAGCAACACCUUGCGAAGUCUGCCGCUGGCCUGGGGCUCAAGGGCUGGCACUCGGAUAUCUUGGCUCCCCAGACCUCCACCACUUCCUUGACCAACAGCUGGUACUUUGCCACGGAGUCCUCUCACUUCUACUCCACCUCAGCCAUCUACGGAGGCAAUGCCAGUUACUCUGCCUACAGCUGUAGCCAGUUGCCCACUUGCAGUGACCAACUUUAUUCCGUGCGCAGGCGGCAGAAACCAAGUGACAGAGCUGACUCUCGGCGGAGCUGGCAUGAAGAGAGCCCCUUCGAAAAGCAGUUUAAACGCAGAAGCUGCCAGAUGGAAUUUGGAGAGAGCAUCAUGUCAGAGAACAGGUCGCGGGAAGAACUGGGGAAAGUGGGCAGCCAGUCGAGCUUCUCAGGCAGCAUGGAAAUCAUUGAGGUCUCCUGAGAAGAAAGACACUUGGGACUUCAAUUGACAGUUUUUUUCUCGUUCACAAAAGAAUAUUCCCUGUAAAUCUGAAAUAUAUAUAUGUACAUACAUAUAUAUUUUUGGAAAAUGGAGCUAUGGUGUAAAAGCAAAAGGUGGAUCAACACAAUUGUUCUCAACAUCUGCAUUUGAGAGAGCAGCUAAUACUUCUCUCAACAGAAGUGGAAGGGCAGAUGCUGGAAUCCCCCUAGACAGCUAAAACAGUUCUAUGCAAUGAAUUGCACAUCCCCUCGUUCUUUCUAAAUCAAGUUUUAUUUGGUGUUGGAGGACAGAAAUCCCCUCCCGUUCUCACGUUGUGCUUCAGAGAUAUCAAAUGCUAGUCUUUGUCCCGUCCUUCCGUAGUGCACCUUAGUGCUGAGACUGAGCCAGCCUGUGGGUCGGGUGGGUAGGCCCUACUAGGGACACAACCUAAUGGUAGAUCCAUGGGAAAUGAUCACAUCCAAAGCCGAUGCACAAAUCUAAGCUCCCGGACAGCCAAGCGAGUCAGUGAAGCAUCAUUCUCCUGUUCAGACCAUUAGGGGCCUUGCCAAGAUCUACUUUAGAGCAAACCUAGUACCUCAGACAGAAAGUCGGGGUUUUACCACUACCAUGUCUGGUAGCCCGUUUUCUCAGCAUUGUGAAUAGGUGGGUAGCUAGUCACACUUUCAGACCAAUUCAAACUGUCUAUGCACAAAUUUCCAAUUGCGCCUGGAUGGAGGUAGUUGAUUUCUUCUCAGAUUUAUGAAGAAGGGAAACCAUCUAGGAUUCAAUGUAAUAGCCACGAAUCUGGCAGCAUAAUGAUUUAAGCUGAGGUUGGGAGGCUAAACAGGUCUAGCCUCUUUAUAAAUCAAAGACUUGUUCAAAAUGGGAUUGUUAAUCCUUUAAAUAAAGAUUAACUUGGGUGAAAGCCAGAUGUGAAUUUAUUUGGGUUGGUAGCAGAGCAGCAGCACAUUCAAGUUCUCAGCCAAAGUAGAUGUUUUCCAUUUCCGUUGCAUUGCAGAUAUAUUUUGUAAAAGAGUAACAAUAAGGUAGACUUUUAUAGGGAACUACCAAGAGGGAGGAAAACGAAGGAAAGAUUAAAGUUUGUAAAAUUGCUGAGAAGCAGGAAACUUAUUUCUCAAUGGUUUUUCCCUCUUAGCAUGUGAUGAGGGUGGUAUUUCUAUAAUUUCCUAAUUAUAGACUUUCAGAUUUACUAAUCGGGCUGAGAAGAGAGGCUUUAGCAAGGAAAGAAUGUUCGGAAUGAAACAGUAUAGACUGGUGAGAAGGUGGUUGAAUUUUGUUUCAUUGUGAACAGAGUGGAAAGCCACGGCCAAGUUAUUCUCAGAAAAUAUCCGUAGUGUUUUUUUUUGUUUUUUUUGUUUUUUUUUUGAGUAGAAGGGA